AUGAAAAGUAGUCCCUUGAAAAAAUUAAAACUGGGUGAAGGUGAGUACAAAAUAGUUAAUGAGUAUGAACAAAACAGAAGAGUGGAAAAAGUAGGCAUAAAAGAAUAUAAGGAAAAGAGAGAUGUAGAAAGUCAUAGCAGCAGAUAUAAUUGGCUAUAUGACAAAAUAAAUGGCUUAUGUAAAAAUUUGAACGUAUUUAAGAAAAAUGGACAAAGGGAAAGGCGCAAAGAAAGAGAAGUAGGUGCAGUAGGCGUAGUAGAUACAGAAGUAGAUGUUUAUGCGAAUGUGGACGUGGAUAUACAUAUGGAUGUAGAACAGGAAGAAAAGAGAAAGAUAAAAAGAAAAGGAAUAAAAAGAUCUUACGAUGAUUAUUCAAAAGUUAAUAAGAGGGAGAAGGAGAAGAUUAGCACAGAAGCAAAAACUUAUCGCCAAUCCUUUGAACAUUUGUCCUUAUUACAAUCUUUAUUAUGUAUUCAUAAAUUUUACUCAAGGGAUGUUAAUGGUAAAUGUGCAACUAUUCCGGUAAAGGAUAAAGAAUACGAAAGGAGGGAUAUAAACGCAAAUAAUAAUAAAGAUGUCGAUCGUUAUGAUGAUAGGAACAGUAGUAUGUACGGAAUAAAGGCUCAGAGUAAAGAACAGAAAUGGUGGGAAAACGACAGGAAAAAAUAUAAAGAGAAAGAAUUCAUUGAAGAAAAAUUUAAAGUGAAAGAAAAUAAUUUAACAUACAACAAUAUACAUUGCGACAAUAUACAGUAUGGAAAUUUUGAGGACAUUUUUGUCGAUCUAGUAAAUGAAAAGUGUGGUUUUUUUUAUAUAUUCAAUAUAGUAUUUUUUACAAAUUUAAAAAAUUAUUAUUAUUUCGUAGACAUCGUCAAUAUAUUAAAUUAUAUGGGUAAUAACAAAAGUGCUGUCCAUUCGGAUGAAAAGAAUAAGGACAUAUUAAUAUAUGAACAAGUUGCCUUAUAUAUAGAAAAAUUUUAUAAUAUUUUUAUGUACGAAAAGAGUAAAAGAUCGAUUAGUUUUUUACCAAACCAAUUUUAUGAUAAAAUAAAAUGUACCAAGUUUGUAUCAUCUAUACAAAAUAACAGCUAUUAUUAUGAUUUAGAAGAAAUAAAAAAAAAAUUAGAAUUUUUAAAAAAUGAAAAAUCAUAUGAAGAAAUUCUAUUUAUGUCCAUGUAUGAAUGUAAUAAAAGAAUAUAUUGUCAAUUAAGUAAAAUACCGGAAUUAUUUCAAGACAUAUCAGAAAUUAGUAAAUAUAACAAAAAUAAUUACGAACAAAGUGAAAUUGUCAAUUCUGAGUACAGUGAUCAGCGGUUAAAUGGUUUAUGUAAAAAGAAAACCUUCUCCUUGUAUAGCGAAAAUCACUUUGCCGCUUCGUUAACGUACGACGAUUUGAAGAACGGUGGUAAUGAUAGUAGUGCUAACGAUAAUAGUGCUAAGGAUAAUAGGGUUAAUGAUACUAGGGAUAAUGAUAAUAGUGCUAGUGAUAAUAGGGAUAAUGAUAAUAGCGCUAGUGAUAAUAGGGAUAAUGAUAAUAGUGCUAUUGAUAGUGCUCCAUGUAGAGUACCACUGAAAAAUGGUCGAUCUUCAAUGCACAGUCUCGAUAGUGGUAAGUUUCAUUUUGGAAGAAACCAACUGAGUAAACACAGUGCCAAGUUGUUCGGUCAACAAGUAGUAGGAAAACGUAAAUCUAUUGUCAGUAAUGGAGUUCCAAAUAACAAUAAUUCGAACAUAACUGGUGGUAAUUUGUCGAAUGAAAAGGGGUUAUACAUAAAAAAUUUUUUAAUAAACUUGUUUAAACCGUCAAAUACUAGAGGUAGUGAAGAUAAUCAGAAAACUGUAAUUUGUAGUGGAAAUGAAAAUGGAAUAAUGAAUUUUGUAGAGAAAAAAGGCUUUCCCGAACAUACGCUUAGAAAGGAUAUUAGUUUCUAUUCGAAGGAUAGGAGUGGCAUGAACAGGAACGUGAAAAAGGACAUGAACAACCCAAUGAACAACCCAAUGAACAACCCAAUGAACAACCCAGUGAACAACCCAAUGAACAACCCAAUGAACAACCCAAUGAACAACCCAAUGAACAACCCAAUGAACAACCCAGUGAACAACCCAGUGAACAACCCAGUGAACAACCCAGUGAACAAGGCACGAGAUAGUCAUGCUACUGAAGCAGGAGUUCUUCCCCCUUGUGUGGAAAAGGCGAAAGAAGAAAAUGGUCAACCCACAGAUUUGUCUGAAACGAAAUUGUGUGAAUGCCCUUUAGAAGAGAAUAGUAAGGAAGAAAAAUUAAAUAGCGGGCAUGAGCUAACUAGAUUUGAAAAUAAUGAUGCAUUAGUAAAUAUCAACAUUGCACUUGUCGAGUCUACUAUCAACGGAUUAGCAAAUAAAAUUAUAGAGAAUGAUAAGCAAGUUUCUAAUGAAUUAAUAAAGCUGAAAAGCGAAAAAGAUGAUCAAGGUGAGCAAGUAAACGAAGAAAAUAAUUUUUCCAUAAGUAAUGAUAACACGAAUGAUAGAUUAAUAACUGAUCGACCAAGUGGAAAUGAUUAUUUACUUAACAAGUCGGAGGAGAUUUACCAAAAUUAUUGCAAAGAUGAAUGGGAAAAGAAAUGCACAAAUAAAAUGGAGGAAGAGCAGAAGUUUGUAGUUGGGGAUGAGCCGUGGGAAAAACUGGGUGGAAAAUUAGUUGAAAAAUUGGGAGAAGUACUGAGUAAUGAAUAUGAGGAGCCUUUUGAAUCUAAUAGUGGGGGUAAAUCGAUGGACAAUUAUGAAGGUAUUUGUGAUGCUAGUCUUGUGGACAGAUCAGUAGUUUAUAAUUCAGCAGAGUGUAAAAAGGUAGAAAUAAUUGACCUAAAAAAAGUGGAAGAGGAAUACAGAGAAAGUAUAUUAGAAAAAAAGGAUGACUCAUCUGAAGGGGUAUUGAAUGGAUACAAGGAGGGAUAUAAGGAAUUAGAUGUAAAAAAGUUAGAACAUGUGAAGGAAUUUAAACAGUAUGAUAACACUCCUGAUGCAAAUGACGAAAUUUAUAAAAUUGACGGAAUUGACCGAAUUACACAAAAGCCAAAUGAGUCUAAUGUCCAUCUUAAAUGUGAAAUUGAACUACAGGAAGGUCAUUCAAAAAAUUACGAAUUAAAAGAAGUGGAGGUAACAAUGAGUAAUCAGUUAUGCGACAUGCAAGAUGAUGCAGACGCAUUGAAAGAUACUCAUUCGGUGAAAAACCAACUAAAUGGCGAAGAAAGUUGUGAGUUGUCGGUUGAAGAGGGGGUAGAUAUGAACAAGUCAGGUAAAGAGGGGGAAAACGUUGAGGAGGCAGCUAAUCCAUAUGAAAGUGAACCAAAUAAAAAGGAGUCAAUUAUCAAUGAAUUGAAUUGUAGCAAAUCUAAAAAUAAUAUUAACAUUGUCGAUAAACCAAGCAAUAUUGAGCCUGAAAAUGUUGAAUCGGGAGGGAAUAAGUUACGUGCGGAUAUUCCGAGUGGAGUUGACUUGAAUGAAGUGGAUGAAAACGAACCACGUGCAGUAGAUCAGAACGAAUCGAGUGAAGGAGAUCAAAAUGAAUCCAUUGAGACAGAUUUAAACGAAUCGAGUGAAGGAAAUCAAAAUGAAUCUAUUGAGACAGAUUUAAACGAAUCGAGUGAAGGAAAUCAAAAUGAAUCUAUUGAGACAGAUGCAAACGAAUCGAGUGAAGGAGAUCAAAAUGAAUCCAUUGAGACAGAUGCAAACGAAUCCAGUGAAGUAGAUCAAAAUGAAUCAAUUGAGACAGAUGCAAACGAAUCCAGUGAAGUAGAUCAAAAUGAAUCCAUUGAGACAGAUGCAAACGAAUCCAGUGAAGUAGAUCAAAAUGAAUCAAUUGAGACAGAUGCAAACGAAUCCAGUGAAGUAGAUCAAAAUGGAUCCAUUGAGACAGAUGCAAACGAAUCGAGUGAAACGGAUGAAGGCAAGUUGAGCAACGGACGCAAAGGUGAGCAAAGUGAAGAUGAUAAAUAUGAACAUGAAAACUUCACGCGGGAAAAAUACGAACACUCUGAAGGGUCAUACGAAGAUGUGGACUACAGAGAAAAAGCGCAAUUUCUUGACAUAAAGAAAAAAAAGGCUGAAGUAGAAAAAAUAGACAUAAAAUAUUCUCCCACCUUAGAAGAUAACACAUCUGUUUUAGUAAAGGAAUCAUAUUAUAGCGAAAUAGAUGAUGAGUAUAUUAUUAAAUUAUUAAAAUAUAAUAAAGAAAAUAAUGAUAAAGCAAAUUACAAUAGAGAAUUAUUAAAGAAUAUACUAGGAUGUAGUAAAAAAUGUACACUUGAAAAUCAUACAGAAGAAAAAAGGGUAUUUAUUAAGAAAGUAAGAAAAUUAUGUAAUUUAAUAAAAAAGAAAAAAUUGAAUGAUAAAUAUAAAAAAAUACUAGAAAAAAAAAAUUUUUUUAAAUGUGGCAAGUUACAGAGAGCAUAUAAAAUAUUUCUCACAGUAAUAUUUUCCAUAGAAAAAGAAAUUAAAGAAUUGAGAAAAGAACUAAAUGGAAUGCGUAAUUUUAUAUUUAUAAAUUCAGGGAUUGAAUAUUAUUUAAAUGAAAACAAUAUAUCCUUUUUUAGAAAAAGUAGGGCUUAUAGGAAUAUCCUGAACAACCACCUUAUCGAGCGUAGUAAAUUUGGUGGUUAUUUUUGCACUAACAAUGACGUUAUUAAUGGAGAUAUAAAUGGAGGUAUAAAUGGAGAUAUAGAUGGAGAUAUAAAUGGAGAUAUAAAUGGAGAUAUAAAUGGAAAUAGUAAUUGUAAUUAUAAUCGUAGUUAUGCUAACAGUGAUGGAAAUAGCGACAGCAACAUCAGCAUAGUUAGCAAUUUUUUUUUAAAAAGCAAUUUUCCGAGUAAGGGAAAAAGAAAGAAAAAAUAUAUUUCAUAUAUACCUUUAGAAAAUUAUAAAAUAUUAUUUCUAUGUUUAAAAGACAUAUUUGAAGAAAAGAAUGUAGAAGACAAACUAAAACGCAUUUCAUACUACAUUGAAAUAGACGACUAUAUACCUACAUAUUGCAAAAGAUUUUAUGAUAAAUUCAAAAUAAAAGAGAAAUAUUUAUAUAAUAUACAAACAUUAUUUAAUUCUUGUGUACCAUCUGUUGAAUGCGUAAACAUGAUAAUAUCUUGUCUUAAUUAUAAUUAUUCCAAAAUUUAUAAAAAGAAAUCAAUUUUCAAAUAUGAACUAAACAGUCUAUACUUAUCUACCCUACCGUCGGUAUAUUGUUGUUAUGUACAAAUAAUAAAACAUAUAGAAUUCUUAAAAUUAAAAGAAACAAGUCAGAAAAUAAUUAAAAAUAAUAAGAUCUUUGAGAAUUUAUUAAAUCAUCUUUCAUCUUAUAUAUUAGAUGAGUCUUAUUUUAUUAUUCCCUUUUUUACAUCCUAUGGAAAAUUUUUAAUAAUAAUUAAAACAGACAAAAAUUAUAAUACAGAAACUACAAUGGAAAUUUUAAAAAACAAAAGUUCAUUCACCUAUGAUGUAAUCAUUAACAGUUUUGUAUAUCCUAAUGAUACAUGUUUUCAAGCAAUUAUUCAUUUUUCACAUGUUUUUAUAAACACCUUAAGGAAUUUUUUUAAAACCCGAAAUUCGGAUGACAAUAUUCCUGAAAUAACUUUUGCAAAUAUUCCUCAUAUUGAGAAGCAGCAACUUAUAUAUCAUGAAAUAGAAUCUAGCAAGAACAGAAAUGAGAUUACUGUUAAUGUUAUUUUCUUGAUAGAGUCCUUCUUCAACAACACAAAGAAAAUGAAGGUACCUAUGGAAUUUAAUCAAGGGUUGAGAUUUUUAUAUGUUGUUAGACUGCUUGAGCUCUAUAACGGAAAAAAUUAA